AUGCCUCCGAUUCCGGCGAGUAAAAACUGGAUGAAGCCCCCGAAUGGUUAUGUAAAGAUCAACUUCGAUGCUGCGGUUCUGCAUAGGAGAAUGGGGUUCGGUUUUAUAGCUAGAGAUUCAGACGGUUUUGUAAUUGGGGGUAGCAGUGGUUUUAAAGAUAAGUUGAUGAAGGCGGAUUGGGCGGAGAUGGAAGCUUUUGAUGAGAGCUUGAAGAUGGCUUCCAAUCUUAAUAUUUCGAAAGUUAUUUUUGAAUCCGACUGUGCAAAUCUGGUCAACAAAGUCAAAAAGAGGGGACUGGACAUCACUAUUAUGGGAUGCUGCGUCAAUGAAGCCUGCAAGAUUUUUGAUAAUUUUGACUUGGUCAAAAUUAACUGGACAAACCGUAGCAGUAACCGAGUGGAGGAUUUUAUGUGUAAAUUUACCAAAACGGAUUAUCCUUCGGAGAUUCAUGAUAUUGUAAUGAAUGAGGCAAUUAAUUGA